CCUCAUCACAACCUCCUCUGGAAUUGAGUGGGUGCAACCAGCCGCUAUGUAUAUUGGUUUAACAUUCCGAAAAUAAACAUGAUGAAAACUGAGUGUUCGGGGGAAAGAACAAACCUCCGAAGUGCCUCUCCUCACAGGAAUGCUUAUAGGACUGAGUUUCAAGCACUGAAAAGCACCUUUGACAAAUCCAAGUCCGAUGGCGAACAAAAGACAAAAGAGGAAGGAGGAGAGGCCUCUCAGCAAAGCAGGGGGAGGAAAUAUGGUUCUAACGUCAACAGGAUUAAAAACUUGUUUAUGCAAAUGGGUAUGGAACCCAAUGAAGGCAGUGGUGGUUCAGCAGCGAAGACCAGAGGCAAAGGUGGUCCCCUGUCGCCUCAGAGAAGAUGUAGACCUAAAGAAUUCGUGGAGAAAGGAGAUGGAUCGAUUGUAAAGCUAGAGUCAUCUGUUUCGGAAAGGAUUAGCAGAUUCGAUGCUAUGCACGAUGGUCCUUCUUAUUCUAAGUUUACUGAAACACGGAAGUUGUUUGAAAGAAAUAUUCACGAGACAGGGCAUUCCAAUCACUACUCCCCAAAGAAAGAGACACUCGUUUCUAAUGCGGAACUUCAGGACGAGUGGUGUAGCUUUAAGUCUAACAGAGGCAGUACAGACUCAUUGGACAGUCUUAGCUCAAGGACCGAUGCGGUCUCUCCAACAGUGAGCCAGCUUAGUGCGGUGUUUGAAAAUACAGACUCACAAAGUGUGAUUGUUUUGGAGAAGGAAGAAAACAAUGAAGGGUAUUCUGUAACCGGUCACUAUCCACUGAAUUUGUCUAGUGUGGACACAAAUCUGUCUUCCAGUGUUUCAAACCUUGAUGGUUUUAGCCCCAUUAAAGAAGCCAACACUUGGCCUUUGGCCGCCAAACAAAGUACCACUUCAGUGUCCGUUGAGAACUCCCAGCCAAUCUGCAGGUCACCAUCGGUCAAUGAAAAAUCUUCUAAAAGCACUUUGCCUCUUUCAAAAACGGGUGGGGUACAAAAUAAGGACAUCCAUCACGAUUCUGUUGAUUCCGGUGUAGCCACUAGACAAGAGUCAGUGGACGGAACUGACAGUCAGAGUUUUGAUGAGUACCCUACCAAGAAUCAAGCAGAAACAGCGCCUUUGCAACAAAAAAAGAUCUCAGAUGGAGCUGAGACGGCAGAAAUAUCAGGAAACUUAAUAGCCAGCGAUGACAUCGCAGUCUUUGAAGCUUCACAAUCUGUUGGCUCCCACUGUGAAGAUAUAAAUGGUAAGGAAGUACAGGAAGACGUGAAUAACUUUCAGAGUUCUCAUGUGUACAUGCACUCUGACUACAAUGUCUACAGGGUACGAUCGAGAUAUAACUCUGACUGGGGAGAGACGGGAACGGAACAGGAUGAUCAAGAAGACAGCGAUGAAAACAAUUAUUACGAACCUGACACGGAAUAUUCUGAAAUUACUGGAUUGCCAGAAGAAGAUGAAAUCCCAGCAUGUAGAAAAAUCAAGUUUAGUACUGCUCCAAUGAGGGUUUUCAACACAUAUUCUAAUGAAGACUAUGACAGGAGAAAUGAUGAAGUUGAUCCAGUGGCUGCCUCAGCUGAAUAUGAGUUAGAAAAGCGAGUGGAGAAGCUGGAGCUUUUCCCAGUAGAACUCAAAAAAGAUGAAGACGGGCUUGGCAUUAGCAUUAUUGGAAUGGGAGUUGGAGCAGAUGCAGGCCUUGAAAAACUGGGCAUAUUCGUCAAAACAGUGACAGAAGGCGGGGCAGCAGAAAGAGAUGGCAGGAUCCAAGUAAAUGACCAAAUAGUAGAUGUAGAUGGAAUCAGUCUGGUUGGUGUCACGCAAAAUUUUGCCGCAACUGUUCUCAGAAAUACCAAAGGAAAAGUCAGGUUUAUAAUUGGCCGAGAAAAGCCAGGACAAGUUAGCGAGGUGGCUCAGUUGAUUAGCCAGACUCUGGAGCAAGAGCGUCGCCAACGAGAACUCUUGGAUCAACAUUAUGCACAAUACGACGCAGAUGAUGAUGAGAAUACUGAGAGAGAAUUUCAUGGAAUCUUAGACAACUACAGUAAAAAUAACAACUGUUACCUUAAAAAGACAGGGGAAUAUGCGACAGAUGAAGACGACGAUGAUAUGGGACCCAUCCUUCCGGGAGGCGACAUGGCCAUUGAAGUGUUUGAGCUUCCUGAAAACGAUGACAUGUUUUCCCCAACAGAACUGGACACCAGCAAAUUGGCUCACAAAUUCAAAGAGUUACAAAUCAAACAUGCAGUCACCGAAGCUGAGAUUCAGAAGCUGAAGACAAAGCUACAAGCUGCCGAGAAUGAGAAAGUCAGGUGGGAGCUAGAGAAGAAUCAGCUUCAGCAGAACAUUGAGGAGAACAAGGACAGGAUGAUGAAACUCGAGAGCUACUGGAUCGAGGCACAAACCCUGUGUCACACUGUCAACGAACACCUGAAAGAGACUCAGAGUCAGUACCAGGCCCUGGAGAAGAAAUACAACAAAGCGAAGAAACUGAUUAAGGAUUUCCAGCAAAAAGAACUUGAGUUUAUCAAGAGACAGGAAGUCGAAAGAAAGAAGAUAGAAGAUUUGGAGAAAGCUCAUUUUGUGGAAGUUCAAGGUUUACAGGCUCGGAUCAGAGAAUUGGAAACAGAGGUUUUCAGGCUACUGAAGCAGAAUGGGAGCCAAGUUAACAAUAACAACAACAUUUUUGAAAGGCAAACAUCUGUUGGAGACGUUUCAAGAGGUGAUGGAACAGAAACCAUGGAUGCAAAGCAAGUGUCUGGCCUGGAUGCCUUAAAUCAAGAUUUUAAUGAAGCCGUCCCCGAGACAGAAAGACUGGACUCUAAAGCGCUGAAGACUCGAGUGCAGCUUUCCAUUAAGAACAAAAGGUCGAGACCAACUAGAACAAGACUGUAUGACAGCAUCAGCUCUACAGAUGGAGAAGACAGCCUUGAAAGAAAGAAUUUUACUUUCAAUGAUGACUUCAGUCCAAGCAGCACCAGUUCAGCUGACCUAAGCGGAUUAGGGACAGAACCGAAAACCCCAGGAUUUUCUCACUCCAUAGCACUGUCAUCUGAUGAGAGCUUGGAUAUGAUCGAUGAUGAGAUCCUCGAUGAUGGACAGUCUCCCAAGCACAGCCAGUCCCCGAAUCGCGCAGUUCAAGAGUGGAGUGUGCAGCAAGUUUCCAACUGGUUAAUGAGCCUGAGUUUAGAACAGUACAUUCCAGAAUUCAGUGCCCAAGAUGUAAAUGGAGAACGUCUUCUUCAGCUGGAUGGCAGCAAGCUUAAAGCUCUUGGCAUGACGCCUUCUCAGGACCGAGCUGUCAUUAAAAAGAAAAUUAAAGAAAUGAAAUCGUCUAUAGAGAGGGCGCGUAAAGCACAAGAGAAGAUGGAGAAGCAAAGGGAAAAGCUGAGGAAGAAGGAGAAAGAGCAGCUCCAGAGGAAGUCCAAAAAGCCUGAUAAGCGUUCCCCAGAUCCAACAGAUGGCGCUAGUGAGCAGUGAUGCAUAAGAGUUACUAUUCUGUUAGGAUUCGGAAGA